GACUCAGAUUGAUGGUGACGGGGUCGACAGCCGGUCUUCUAAUAUACUCGCGGAAGUUGAAUUAUCUGUUUCAGGACUGUAACAGGAUGUUGGCUAAUAUAAGGGUGGCCGUUGCUUUGAUACAUGUCAAUUUACAAGAAAAUGCAGAUAAAGCUCCAUUUGAGUCUAUAACAUUACCUGAGACCUUUAACCUUGAUGCAUUGGAGUUAGAUGAAUCAAUCAAUCCUACUGAUGGCUCAAACAAUCACCAAAAAGAUUAUCAGCAAAUAACUUUGGCAGGUGAAGCUUCAGCAGGGGAAGAUCAGUAUGCAGCUUUCUUCGUUGAUAAGGAUAACAACACAAACUCAUCAGUAGAGCCAGAAAGUAGAAAUGAUGCAGAACCCAUGGAAGGAGACCCGGCUCUAAACUCUACAUCUUUUGAGGAUCCUCAUUCAAAUAAUCAUGGCAAUGGUUCUUUUCAAACUUUCGAUGUCAACAAUAAUAUUCAAGAAUUUCAAGAAAUUGAGGUUAUGCGUGAAAAUAACUUGGAUCCUGAGAACCAGUUAAAGUUGGAUAACACUAGCAAUGGUGUUGAAUUACAUGAUCAUUCUACAUCAGUAACAAAGAGAAAUCAUAGUUUUGAUCCAAUACUCGAAGAUAUUUUGGUUUUUGGAGACGAACCUUUGCCUUCAACAUCUCAUGCCAACCCACCAAUAUCUACAUUUGAUUCCAACAUUGCUAACAGGGAGAUAUCUUCUGGUCAAGCCUUACCUCACUUGGAGCUGGAGCUUUAGAACGGAAUGAGAAGAAUAGAAAAACAUUCAUAUGAUGAGAAAAUUGUAUUGGCAAAUGUAGACAUGAAAAAACAACUGGAAGACACUACUAAAUUAGUUUGCAAGCAGAUGAAUCUUCCAUGUUCAGUGCUAGAUCUCAAUGAUCAAGCAUUUCAUGAGCCACUGUUAUGUGGGAUAUGUGGUAAUCUCCUGGAGGGUUUUUCUAGAUCCUUUCCUCUUCAAAGCAACAAUUCUAGUCAUUUGGAAGUUUCAUCAGAGCUUGCAAAUGAAUUACCUCAUGUUGCCUCAGAGGAUCUGCAAAAAGGGCCUGAACAACAAAAUAAUUUGGAUGGGGAGAUUGAGCGACAUAGUGACAGAAAUACAGAACCAGAACAACAAGACAAGCUGAAUGCAAUACCUGAGAAUUCUCGAUUCGAUAUGCAUACUGAUAUCCAACCAGAACAACAUGAUGAGUAGAAUCUAAUACCUGAGAAUCCUCGAUUUGAUAUGCAUACUGGAGAAAAUAUAAAUGAAACAAUACUAACACCCUCCGGAGGAGUAGAUAUGACUGACUCCCUUUAACACCACAACAGCUGGUUCAAUUCAUGACUUUGAUAAGACUUUUGAUACAGAGAUAUUGUCCACAGUUGAAAGUUUUACUAGGACUGAAGCAACUAGUUAUGCAAUUGGAGCUAACUUAUUCUCUUUGGAGGAAGAACCACUUCAAAAUAGUAUGAUCAGAAUUCCAAGUUUGUUGCUAUCUGUGGAGGAAGUAAGUUCCUUAGUAGAAGAAUCUUAGUGACACUACUAUCCAUGUUUUUCUUUUCUUAAGAUUGUUUCAUACUAAUAAGCACCUCUAGUCGGCACCGGCCUCCUCUUGCUCGUCGUCAUGUCCUUCAACGGUGGCAUCUUUAUGGAUGUCGGAUUCCGGCUCUUCAUGAAACUAUGUGGGUUCCGGAUUUGUAAUUAUGUUUGGCAGGCUAAUAAGUCAUCAGAUAAAGAAUGGAAAAAAAAAGAUACUUAAUGAUCAAUCUCAUAUGUAAUUGCCUAAUUGGA